AUGCCUCAAGACCCAUCAGAAUACGUGAGCAGCAUCUUUAAAGAUGGCAUAUUCAAGGACAAAGUCGUCUUUUGCACCGGCGGAAAUGGCAGCAUAUGUUCAGGCCAAGUUCGAGCUCUGGUUCACCUAGGCGCGAAUGCCUGCAUCGUCGGUCGCAACGUCGAGAAGACAGAGGGCAUGGCCAAAGAUAUUGCUACAGCACGAGAGGGAGCAAAAGUCAUUGGCAUAGGCGCAUGCGAUGUGCGGAGUAUGGAAAGUGUGCAAAAGGCCGUUGACACUUGUGUCAAAGAGCUUGGAAGGAUCGAUUUCUGCAUCGCUGGUGCAGCAGGUAACUUCCUCGCGCCAAUGUCCCAACUCUCCUCGAACGCGUUCAAGACUGUCAUCGAUAUCGACCUGAUCGGCUCCUACAACUGUGCCAAAGCUUGCUUACCAGAGCUAGUCAAGGCAGCAAAAGAGCAUCCGACUGGGGAGUCCACUGUACCGUCUGGCCGAAUAAUCUUCAUUUCCGCAACACUACACUAUGGCGGAACAGUAUUACAAACCCAUGCCGUGGCUGCUAAAGCUGGCGUCGAUGCACUCUCAUCACAGGUCUGCAUCGAGUAUGGUCCAUUAGGCAUCACAAGUAAUGUCAUCUCACCGGGCCCAAUAGGUGGCACUGAAGGUAUGGAUCGUCUUGCGAAGAAAGCCAAAGAAGGCACAAAUCCUUGGAAGGUCAUUCCUAGCGGGAGAAUGGGUAAGGUGAAAGAUAUUGCAGACGCCACUGUCUAUCUGUUCAGUGACGCGGCGAACUAUGUUAACGGCGAGGUUCUCGUCGUCGACGGUGGUGCUUGGAGGACAACCUCGACAGGACGUGACUUUCCAUAUCCAGAUUUCCUGCUGGAAGGUGGAAGUGUGGAGGGAGUAGGUGGGAUGAAGAAGCAGAAGAGUGGGAGUAAAUUGUGA